AUGCAGUCGAAGUUUGCCACAGGACAACAGGUGGACCUCAUGGUGCCACGUUUAACAGCGUCUUAUUAUGAUCGAACAGGACAUCUUACAAUUGUAGGUAUCAUUCGUGUUUUAGCAGAAAGUUUUUAUGAGGCAGAAGAAAAAGGAUUUUUCACUGCCAAAUUCGGACAUAUGAGAGCGUAUACUGUGCAGGAGGACAUCUUUUAUUCUCCAAAACUACAACAGAAGACUCCUAGGGACAACGUUUCUCUUCUGCAUCGAGUGACUUUUGUGUCUCUUGGGAAAACCUCAUUCUCUAUUAUACAAACUUUAAUAGACCCGCUUUCAAUGGAGCAACUUGUGCGCCUGGAAUCAAAAGUUGUUAGUGUUGAUUCAGAAUCACGUCGUCCAUUGAAACUCCCUGAAUGGGUUAAUGAAACAUUUUCGAAAUUCCCAAAAACUGACCUUACAAUAAUGUCUACCAGACAAGAAGACUUAAUCCCUCCCCCUGAUGCCUUUAGAACGCUGACUCGUUCUCGACCUAGUGAUAUGGAUACCAAUUUUCACGUAAAUUUUGCAGUAUUUUACAGAUUCUGUACAGACUGUGCAACAGAAGCGUCCCUAGCAGGAUAUUACCGUUAUUACAAAGAAGACAUGUGUUGGUAUCCGAUAUUAGAAACCAAAGUAACAUUUCUGGGAGAAGCUCCAUCCAGUGUCAAUCUAGAUGUUUACAGUUGGCAAGAAACACAUGAUGUGCAGAGGUUUUAUUUUGCAAUUUAUCUCAGGAACAAGAGAAUCUUUCAAGCAUCUUUCCUCUACAGCAUGGAGAAAUUAACACAACAGGAUUUAUCAAAACUUUGA